GGGUCUUUUAUAAGCUGGGGCACAUCCGCGUCCUUUUCGUUCGUCCUCAGUGCAGGAUAACGCGGUUAUCAACUCCUCGUUCUCGUAAAACUAUUCAUAUUAUCCGGACAUUUCUUUCUUUAGCACCAUUGCUGUCAUCCUGUGCAGUACACUGCCUGUAAGAAGAGUCAAGCUACCUUCUGUCAAAUUUUAAAGGCUUUUCACAGUUAUCGUUGCCUCUUACUAUGGAUGUGAUAGUGCGUCGCUGUCCAUUCUUGGCUUGUGUGCCCCAAGCCUUCUUCCAGCAGUCCAAAAAGUCUCUUGUGACUUAUGCUCAGCGAUGUCCCAUCAUGAUGGAACUGGCCGCAAAGCCCAUGGCCCCUUCACUGGCUCGGGCCCUCUGCUCUUCAUCUUCGCAUCAGAAGACCGACAACAAGGCUGCAAGUAAUGCCCCUCAACAGGGUGGACAGUCCAAGAUGCCUGCUAGCCAUCCCAUGCCACCUUCGGGCCAGGUGAUGGCCUCCAAAUGCCCUUUUCUGGCAGCUGAGAUGAACCAGAAGAACAGCGGUGUGGUCCGUCAGGUUGCCAUGGAGUUCCAGGAGGACGUAGAGGAAGUACGCACUGUCCAGAAAGAAGUUUCCCCUGCCCAGGUGGCCAGUCACGCUAAAGGGGGAGAACAAAGUAACUUGAUCAAGACUCUUCUGAAGCAGCGUCCGAAAAGGGUCACCCACUUACUGCAGGACAACUUACCUGGCAGAAUGGCCCGCUUCCAGUACGAUGAAUUUUUUGAGAAGAAGAUAGAAGAGAAGAAAAGCGACCACACCUAUCGUGUGUUCAAAACAGUGAACCGUCGGGCCACCGAGUUCCCAAUGGCUGAUGACUUCUCAGGCUCUCUGGAGGAGAAGAGAGAGGUGUCUGUGUGGUGCAGCAACGACUACCUGGGCAUGAGUCGACACCCACAUGUAGUCCAGUCCAUUAUGGAUACUUUACAAAAGAAUGGCUCGGGAGCAGGUGGAACCAGGAAUAUCUCUGGGACCAGUAAAUUUCAUGUGGAACUGGAACAGGAGCUUGCUGACCUCCACAAUAAGGAUGCAGCAUUGCUCUUCACCUCCUGCUUCGUUGCCAACGACUCCACCCUCUUCACCCUCGCCAAAAUGCUGCCUGGUUGUGAGAUCUACUCUGAUGCGGGAAACCAUGCCUCAAUGAUCCAGGGCAUACGGAACAGCGGUGUUAAGAAGUUCAUUUUCCGCCACAACGACUUAGCUCACCUCCGAGAGAUGCUGCAGAAGGGAGACCCCUCCAAACCCAAGAUCGUGGCCUUCGAGACCGUGCACUCCAUGGAUGGCGCUGUGUGUCCACUGGAGGAGAUGUGCGACUUGGCCCACGAGUUUGGUGCCAUCACCUUUGUGGAUGAAGUUCAUGCUGUGGGCCUGUAUGGCUCUAGAGGAGGGGGCAUUGGAGACAGGGACGGCAUCAUGCACAAAAUGGACAUCAUUUCAGGGACUCUAGGGAAGGCCUUUGGCUGUGUGGGUGGCUACAUCGCCAGCACCUCUUCCCUGGUGGACACAGUGCGCUCCUAUGCAGCCGGUUUCAUCUUCACCACCUCUCUGCCUCCCAUGCUGUUGGCUGGAGCCAGGCGGUCCAUCCAGAUUCUCAAAAGCGAGGAAGGUCGCUCGCUCAGGCUCAAACACCAGCGCAACGUUAAACUGCUUCGACAGAUGCUGAUGGACGCUGGGCUUCCUGUCGUGCACUGCCCUAGCCACAUCAUCCCCGUCCGGGUGUCAGACGCUCAGAAAAACUCAGAGGUGUGUGACAUCAUGAUGAAUCGCCACAACAUCUAUGUGCAGGCAAUCAACUAUCCCACCGUUGCUCGAGGGGAUGAGCUUCUGCGCAUUGCCCCAACUCCUCACCACACUCCUGAGAUGAUGAAAUACUUUGUUGAGCGGCUGGUGCUAGCGUGGAAGGAGGUGGGUCUGGAGGUGAAGCCCCACUCAUCCGCAGAGUGUACGUUCUGCCAGCAGCCACUGCACUUUGAGCUGAUGAGCGAGCGAGAAAAGUCUUACUUUAGUGGCCUCAGCCACCCUAUCUCAGCCCGGGCAUAACACUAAUCAAGCCAUCGCUGGCUUGAGACGCCACAUAUUAUUCAUUCCUCUGUCACUAUCAUAAUAUGUAUUAAUUGUCUUCAGUAAGUCCUAUUAUUUGUAAUAUUUAAGAUAUUCUAUGUUUCAGAUGCUCUAUAAGCUUAAAAUAAACUAUGAGAGAGAAAACAAA